GAUGCGUGAGGACAUGUCCACCAUGGUGUGCGUGAAGGCGGAGGAGGACCCUGGCGAGAAACUGUCCCAGGAUGAGAUCAUCUCCCGGACCAAGCAGGUGAUUCAGGGCCUGGACGCCCUGAAGCAGGAGCACCACUCCAUCCUGGAAGGCCUUCUGGGAACGCUCCGCUGCCUCAAGCAGGACGAGGAGAGCGUGCUGGUGGAGGAAAAGUCACACAUGAUCCGAAAGUCCCUGGAGAUGCUGGACCUUGGACUUGGUGAGGCACAGGUGAUGAUGGCUCUGUCGAACCACCUGAGCUCGGUGGAAUCGGAGAAGCAGAAGCUGCGGGCUCAGGUGCGCCGCCUGUGCCAGGAGAACCAGUGGCUGAGGGACGAGCUGGCCGGGACGCAGCAGAAGCUGCAGAAAAGCGAGCAGAGCGUGGCCCAGCUGGAGGAGGAGAAGAAGCACCUGGAGUUCAUGAACCAGCUGAAGGAGUAUGACGAGGACUUGUCCCCUACUGAAGAGAAGAGCUCAGAAUCCAGCAAAGAGACUCUGGAUGAUCUCUUCCCAGAUGACCAUGAUGACCAAGGUCCAGGCAUGCAGACAGCGCACGGCAGCGCAGCCGCCGCCGCCGCCCAGCAGGGCGGCUACGAGAUCCCGGCCCGCUUGAGGACCCUCCACAACCUGGUCAUCCAGUACGCCUCCCAAGGCAGGUACGAGGUGGCCGUGCCCCUCUGCAAACAGGCCCUGGAGGACCUGGAGAAGACCUCCGGACACAACCACCCGGACGUGGCCACCAUGCUGAACAUCCUGGCCCUUGUCUACAGAGAUCAGAACAAAUACAAGGAGGCCGCCAACCUGCUGAAUGACGCCCUGGCCAUCAGGGAGAAGACUUUGGGCCGGGACCACCCUGCUGUUGCCGCCACCCUCAAUAACCUGGCCGUGCUGUACGGGAAGAGAGGCAAGUACAAGGACGCGGAGCCUCUGUGCAAGCGAGCGCUGGAGAUCAGAGAGAAGGUGCUGGGAAAAGACCACCCGGAUGUGGCCAAGCAGCUUAAUAACCUGGCCCUGCUGUGUCAGAACCAGGGCAAGUACGAGGAGGUUGAGUACUACUACAUGAGAGCACUGGAGAUCUAUCAGACCAAACUGGGGCCCGACGACCCCAAUGUGGCUAAAACCAAGAAUAACUUGGCCUCCUGCUACCUCAAGCAGGGCAAGUUCAAGCAGGCGGAGACUCUUUACAAGGAAAUCCUCACCCGGGCCCACGAGCGAGAGUUUGGCUCAGUUGACGGUGAGAACAAACCAAUUUGGAUGCACGCCGAGGAGAGAGAGGAACAAAGCAAGGGGAAGCAGAAAGACGGCUCGCCUUUCGGAGAGUACGGCGGCUGGUACAAAGCUUGUAAAGUUGACAGCCCCACGGUCACCACCACCCUGAAGAACCUGGGCGCGCUCUACAAGCGGCAGGGCAAGUUUGAGGCCGCCGAGACCCUGGAGGAAGCUGCCAUGCGUUCCAGGAAGCAGGGCCUGGACACGGCGCACAAGCAGCGCGUGGCCAACGUCCUCAGCGAGCCAGAGGCCCGCGAGAAGCAGCGCAGCCGAGAGAGCUUGACCUCGGACACGGUCAAGUAUGAGAGCGGGCCUGACGGCGGCGAGGAAGCCUAACUCCGGAUGCCUUGUAACGCUUCUAAAAGCUCGUCUUCUGUGAUGGACGCCUCGCCUCAAAACGCAGUUUUCCUCACCGCUGACCCCCCCUGCGCCCCAAAUCCUCUGUCCUCUUCCGCCUUUCACCUCCGUUCGGAGCCGUCAAGCCUCGGCACGCCGGGAACAGGAAGCGUCUUGAGUGCGUAAAUGUUGCCAGGACUUUAUUCUUGCUGCUCUUCUCCUUUUCCUCCUGUAAAGAAGACACAUUUUGUACAUUUACUUAGGGGUGUAACGGUACAUGUAUUUGUAUUGAACCGUUUCGGUACAGGGGUUUCGGUCCGGUUCGGAGGUGUACCGAACGAGUUUCCACACGAACAUAUUAAGUAGCCGCCUCCGCUUCCUUCUGCCUCUGUUUCUGUCAGUCCUCUACACAGCACCCAGCAUUGUCCCACCCACACAACCAUCUGAUUGGUUACAAACAGAGCAGUAACAGCCAAUCAGCAGUGUGUAUUCGGAGCGGUAACAGCCAAUCAGCAGUGCGUAUUCAGAGCGGUAACAGCCAAUCAGCAGUGCGUAUUCAGAGCGCAUGUAGUCAGUGAUUAGCGUUUAGCAGGUAAGCAUCAGGCAGCGGACUCUCCCCAAAUGAUAAUAAAGACCUCCCAGUCAACUACUAGUAACAUCACUCCUUCUAGAAAUAUAAAAGGCAGCUCAGCUCACUCACAGUCCUGGCUUCAGGUGAAGGCUAAUUCGCUUUUAGCGUAACGUUAGCUCAUUUUGCGGUGUGUGUGUGUGUGUGUGUGUGUGUGUGUGUGUGUGUGUGUGUGUGUGUGUGUGUGUGUGUGUGUGUGUGUGUGUGUGUGUGUGUGUGUGUGUGUGUGUGUGUGUGUGUGUGUUACGGACAGCAAAGCCCUGUCUGUCUGUUAUUUCACUUUACCUUUUUCUGUGUUGAUUGAGCUGUGUUGAAGCAGCAAAAAAUGACAUGUUAAAUGAAGAGUUUCUGUCUCUGAUAGUUGAUAUAAUAAUGUAAGUGCAGCAUUAAGCCUACAUGAACUCCAUGGUGUUCAGGGAUGAAUAGUCUCUCCUAUUGCUAUUGUACCAUUUUUUCAGCUAUAGUUACAUUAAUCAUUAGUAAUGGAGCGGCCUAGUUUUGAAUGGCAGGGUCCCUGCUAUCACAUGUUGAUACAAAUAUAACAUUUCCAUAAUAAAAAUCAACUACAGGCUUCCCAGCUGCUGUAAUAAAUUAAGCAUGAUGAGUUGACUUGAAACUGUUUAAUGUUGCACUUUUUAUAUGUAGAAGUAUAUGUCAUUUUAUUUAAUCUGAGCAACAACUUGAGGCAGUUUAAAGUUGAUUAACGUGGGCAGAAUUAUUACAGUGUUCCCAAUGUUAAAAGGAUAAAGCCAUUGUUUACAAAUUUGGUAAAUAAAUAACCAAAAAAUUUAUAUUUUGUUGUUUUCUUACUGUACCGAAAAUGAACCGAACCGUGACAUCUAAACCGAGGUACGUACCGAACCGAAAUUUUUGUGUACCGUUACACCCCUACAUUCAAUGCAUGCAUGCUAAGCAGACAUCCACAUCUUAGCUUUGUGUUAUAGCUCACCAAGCCAAUUAGUGUAAUAUAUGAUAAUAUAAUCCAAUAAUUCUGAAAAUGCCCGCCUUAGUGCAUUCACGUAGUUCCCACACAAUAGGUCCACUUGGACAACUCCGCCAAGCUGAUGACGUCACAGUCAGGUGACCAACAAAAACACUCCGUAAGUGACAUGCUAUUCUCUCAUUUAGUGCUGUCUCUGAAUCCUGGCGCUGUAAAUAUUUCAAAGAUCUAGCAAGUGAGCGUAAUGUGUGUAGUUAGUGCUGUGUGUGUCUCAUGGAGAGGCGAAAGGUCAGAGUGGAGUCCGGCGGCAGUAGUUUGUGCAUGUCCAUGUUCUUACUGCACAUGACUGUGUACUUAUAUAUUCUUCUUCUACUAAUCUUCUGCCUGUGCUCUCCUCUUUGUGCAUAUUUCUUAACUUCUAAUAAAACUUCACCUCAACUUUU